GUUGUAUUUUCGUGGGGACUCGUCUUUGAACUGAUCCGCUCUGCGAUGUCGCGCUGUCAGCGUCGCACAGAUAUGACGUCACUGUGUUGUUGUACCAGGCUGUGGACGUGUUGCUGUCGCUGAUCAGACGUGAUGAGUCAGCGAUCUGAGCGGCGAGGGAUCCAUGUGGACCAGUCGGAGCUGCUGUGUAAGAAGGGGUGUGGUUACUAUGGUAAUGCGGCAUGGCAGGGGCUGUGCUCUAAGUGCUGGAGGGAGGAGUACCAGCGUGCACGACAGAAACAGAUCCAGGAGGACUGGGAACUAGCUGAGAAGUUACAGAGGGAGGAGGAUGCAGCGUACGCCAGCAGUCAUGGCUCUCAGUCUCAGCCGUCUCUCACUCCCUUCUCCAAGUUUGAGGAAAAAAAGACCAAUGAGAAAACACGCAAAGUGACAACAGUGAAGAAGUUCUUCAGCCCGUCAUCACGCAGCACUGCUAAGAAAGAGAAAGGGAGGGAUGAGGAGAGAGAGAAAGAGAGAGAAAGGGAGAGAGAGAGAGAAGAGAAGGUGCAGGGCAGGAGGGAGAGUCAUGGAGAGACGCUGCUGCGAGAUCUGAAGGGUAUAUUUACACACUCGUGGGAGAUCGGCUCUCCGACUGAAGAGAGUCAUGAGGCGAAGUCCCACAGUCCGUCGUUUGUGCGUCAGUCGAGUGUGGAGACAGAUCAGGUGUCAAGGGAGUUUAUGGAGUUCCUGAAGAGUCUGAAACCUGGACGAGAAAUUCACAAACAGAGCCGAGCCUUCGUGGAGAGCAUGGGGAAUAAGAAGGACCUUGGCGCUGAUGAGCUCUCGGAGUGUGUGCAGGAUUUCUACCAGAACAUGUCUGACCGUCUCCUCUCUCACUUUAAAGGUUCCUCUGAGAAGGUGGAGCGAGUGAUGGACCAGGUGGAGAAGUACAUCAUGACUCGCCUCUAUAAGAGUGUGUUUUGUCCUGAGACCACUGACGAUGAGAAGAAAGAUCUGACUACGCAGCACAGGAUCCGGGCGUUACACUGGGUGACCAUCCAGAUGCUGUGUGUUCCUGUGGAUGAAGAAAUUCCAGAAGCAGCUGAUAGUGUAGUGAAAGCCAUUACAGAUAUAAUUGAGAUGGACUCGAGGCGUGUCCCGAGAGAUAAGCUGGCCUGCAUCACCAGCUGCAGCAAACACAUCUUCAACGCCAUCAAGGUGACGAAAAAGGAGCCGGCGUCAGCCGACGAUUUCCUCCCCACGCUCAUUUACAUCGUACUGAAGGCCAACCCACCACGCCUGCAGUCCAAUAUCCAGUACAUCACACGCUUCUGCAACCCGAGCAGGCUGAUGAGCGGAGAGGAUGGGUACUACUUCACCAACCUGUGUUGUGCGGUGGCGUUUAUUGAGAAGCUGGACGCUCACUCCCUUAAUCUGAGCGUUGAGGAUUUCGAGCGUCACAUGUGCGGCGGUGGAUCUGGUGAGGUUUCCCCGCGAAGGACAUCUGAGUCAGCGUCCCCGUGGCCAAUCGAGUUGCUCUCGGCUCUGCAGAAACGACAGCAGCAGGUUCUGGUGGAGGCGCAGGAUCUUCAGGCUGAGCUCGAGCGCUGGCAGGAGGGCGUGGCCCGCGAGGUGCAGGACAUCCUCGACAAAUACCCAUUAGAGAUCAAGAGGCAUGCGGCACAUGCCAUUGAUUCAGAGAAUGAGGAGAACGACAGGCUGCCCCCGCCCCUGCAGCCUCAAGUGUUCGCCGGCUAGAAAUCCUAACGAAUAUGAAGGAAACAGAGUCAGUGUCAGUGAGUCAGUGUCAGUGAGUCAGCAUCAGAGUGAGUCCAUAUGUCAGUGUCAGUGAGUCAGUGUGUGUGAGUGAGUCAAGGUGAGUGUCGGGAUGACUCAGUGUGUGUGAGUGAGUCAAGGUGAGUGUCGGGAUGACUCAGUGUGUGUGAAUGAGUCAAGGUGAGUGUCGGGAUGAGUCAGUGUGUGUGAAUGAGUCAAGGUGAGUGUCGGGAUGAGUCAGUGUGUUUAGUGUCGGGAUGAGUCGGAGUCAGAGUCAGAAUAAGACUACUGCAUAGUUAAACUAUAGUUAUAACCUGGAGUCUGAACAGAACAACACUGUUUAUUUCCUCUUUUUUUGGCUUUUCCUUUCUUUCACUCUCCAGCCCAUAAUCUGUGUACUUCUGUGUGUGUGUGUGUGUGUGUGUGUGUGUGUGUGUGUGUGUGAGAAAGAGAGAGAGAAUCUGUGACCAUGUGCCAUGUUGUGCACACACACACACACACACACAGAGUUGUAAUAUACAUGUGUGCACUAGGGGGCAGUGUGGCUUCAACCAGACCAGAGUGUACAGAAACCUUGCUUUUCACUUUCAAAUCAGACCGGAAUGGUACAACAUUAAUUAUAAAGAGACAUUAAGCAUUUAAGAGAGAUGAUGAUGAUGAUGAUGAUGCUCUUUGUGUGUUUGUGCCUCUCGGUUAUGAGUCCUGUAAACAUUUAACUCAGGAGACUGAAGCUGCAUUUAAAAAAUUUCCAGUUUUUCAUUAGUACUGAUGGAAGGACACAUGGGAUACCAGUGUGUAUUCCACUACCCUGGUUUUGUCAUUUCACUCUGCAGGCUGGAAUUGGUGUCCUUUAGCUUCAUAUAUUUAUUGAAACACGACCCUUUCAGCCAGCAGUUACUGGUCAGGUUUCGUUUCUCCGAUCAUUUCAGCUCCAUUGUGUCAUUGAUCACAGUGAUUCCCACACACACUUCAAUGAUGACUUUGACUCGUGUGGGUAGAGUAUGUGUUCGAGUGGAUCUUUCACGUGGAACACACUCGAGUCCACCAGAAAGAACAUAAAUGAAGGAAUAAAACACAAACCCACACCAUCACGUAAGGGAGACUGAGGGAGACCUGGUGCUCUGUUAACACUCCGGUACUUUACUAAUCCCCACUGAACACCACUUCACAGUGCAUAGUGUGUUAUACUGCAUUACUACAUCUAUUUUAAUGUGUUUUAUCAACACUUUAGAUCUGAUAUGUCCACUUCUCAUCUGUUGAAUUGUUCAUGAUUCGGCUCUUAAGGUGGCCUAAUGAUUGAACUAUGGAGGUGAAGUGAAAUACAAAUCUGCUUUAGUAUUGAACUACAUUUAAACUACUUUACAAGUGACACACAUACACACACAUUAAUGUUGACCACUUGUAAUGGGAAUUUGUUUGAAAUUCUGUAAGAUCUAUCCAUCACUCCUACAGCUGCAGGUCUGAUCUGUUGACGGUACGUUGUAAAAAAUCUUCAUUUCAAUUGUCUUCGUUUUUAAACUCAUAACGUUACUGUACUGUUCAGUGGUGUGACUCUGAGCCGAUAAUCAUUUGGUUACACUGCGAUAUUUAAACCUAGAUGUUUUAGAAAAUCUUAUUAUGAGAUAUUAUUAUUAUUAGAUAUUAUUAUUACUUAUUAUUACUUUUCGUUUCAAAGUUUGGGUUUGUCACAAGCUAAUAAUCAUAAAUCACCAAACCAAUUUCAAUUAUAUCUUUAAAUAUCUUUAAAAGAUGACGUGACGAGUAAGAGGUGGAAACUCUCCUUCUUUGUUGUGAGUGAUGAUGUGUUUAUAACGUGGACAUUAACUCCGUAAACACAGACUCCAGCAUGUAGUUAUCGUUAAGACUUAACGUUUUAGAUGUUUCUCCUUUACAGCACGUUUCACACAGCCACACAAAUACACUAACAAUCAUGAUGAAGGUGCUCUAGUGUGAGAUAAUUUAUAUUGGUUUUAUUUAUAAAGUACAGAUAACUCGGAUGUCAUUUUGCCUUUCUGUAACUGCUUGUAAAUGGAAAAAAAAACAAAUAUAAGUAUAAAAUAUUUAA